AUGAAGACAUCAUUAUUCCUUGCUUGCGUUGCAAUCGCAGGUUCCGUCGCUGCUGCUCCCGUUCCAGACUCUGAUACUGUUGCCAGCUACCAAUGGAAGAAGGAUACUGAAACUACUGAUGGCGUUGCUAGCUACCAGUGGAAGAAGGACACCGAGAGCACCGAUGGUGUUGCUAGCUACCAGUGGAAGAAGGACACUCAAACCACUGAUGGCGUUGCCAGCUACCAAUGGAAAAAGGAUACUCAGACUACUGAUGGCGUUGCUAGCUACCAGUGGAAAAAAGACACCGAGAGCACCGAUGGUGUUGCCAGCUACGAGUGGAAGAAGGAAUGA